GUCCAACGCAGCUGCGCGAGCACGCCGCCGGGACCCGCGUGCAUGUGGUCGUCCACCAAACGUUCGUGUCUCCUUCGUGCUUUUCCGUGCAUCUCCGUCGGGCUAGUUGUUGUUGCUGGUGUGGCCACUCCGAGGGAGCGAUGAUGAUUGACAAUAAUGGCGGCGGGUUUAUUCUGACUUGACUCCAGCAGGGGGGGUUGGGAGAGGAGAAGAGAAGACGGAGAACCAUCUCCGGCCGGGCUAACAAAGCGAACACCUCUAGGUGAAUGUUCUGCGCCCGUGCGGAGCAAUUGAUAUACCCGAAAGGAGCCAGUAUCAGCGCAAAGACUUGGCUUGGGCAAGGACGGGGUUUAUUCUGCUAGCUUAGCUUUAGCAUCAAGGCUCGCUUUUAGCUUGCUAAGUUGAAGAGGUUAGCAUUGCUGAGGCGAAGAGGGUCAGCUAAGCAAACAAUGUCGCCGCUUCGUCAGCUUUCCGCCUAAUUCCUCUGCCAAUUUACAAGGGCUCGGCGAAUGCAGCGUUUGUUUGCAAAAGAAGAGGCGAUCUCCUUAAGCAGCGAGCGCGGCGAGCUUCGUGGGGCUGUGCGGCUUCUGUUACGGAAUUGCAUUCAAAAACUGCCCGCUCCCUUGUUGCCAGCUCGCACAGCUAGCUCGCUAACUCAAAAAGAUUCGCUGGGGCUAUUCCCCCCUUCUUCGUUUGUUAAAUGACCACCGGUAGGAACAACCGAGCCAUGAUGGAAGGAGUCGGAGCGAGAGUGGUUCGGGGACCCGAUUGGAAGUGGGGCAAGCAGGACGGCGGGGAGGGACAUGUCGGCACCGUCAGGAGUUUUGAAAGUCCCGAGGAGGUGGUGGUUGUCUGGGAUAACGGCACCGCUGCGAACUACCGUUGCUCUGGAGCAUACGACGUGAGGAUAUUAGACAGUGCUCCUACAGGCAUCAAGCAUGACGGAACGAUGUGUGACACCUGCCGUCAGCAGCCCAUCAUUGGCAUUCGCUGGAAAUGUGCUGAGUGCACCAAUUACGACCUCUGCACAACCUGUUACCAUGGUGACAAACAUCACUUGAGACACCGCUUCUACAGGAUCACCACCCCGGGCAGUGAGAGAGUGCUUCUGGAGUCGAGGCGCAAAUCAAAGAAAAUCACAGCCAGAGGCAUUUUUACGGGUGGCCGGGUAGUGCGAGGAGUGGACUGGCAGUGGGAAGACCAGGAUGGAGGCAAUGGAAGGCGAGGAAAGGUGACCGAGAUUCAAGACUGGAGCGCCGCCAGCCCUCAUAGUGCUGCCUACGUGCUAUGGGACAAUGGGGCCAAGAACCUGUACCGUGUCGGUUUUGAGGGAAUGUCGGACCUGAAAUGUGUUCAGGAUGCCAAAGGAGGUUCCUUUUACAGAGACCACUGUCCUGUGUUGGGUGAGCAAAAUGGCAACAGGAACCCCGGCGGUCUUCAGAUCGGGGACUUGGUCAACAUCGAUUUAGACCUGGAGAUUGUCCAGUCGCUGCAGCAUGGCCACGGUGGCUGGACCGAUGGCAUGUUUGAGACCCUCACCACCACCGGUACAGUGUGCGGCAUCGACGAAGAUCACGACAUCGUGGUGCAGUAUCCCAGCGGGAACAGGUGGACGUUCAACCCCGCUGUGCUCACAAAAGCCAACGUGGUGCGCAGCGGUGAAGUGGCCGCUGGAGCGGAAGGAGGCACUUCCCAGUUCCUAGUGGGCGACCUGGUUCAGAUUUGCUACGACAUCGACCGCAUCAAGCAGCUCCAAAAAGGUCACGGGGAGUGGGCCGAGGCCAUGUUGCCUACUCUGGGGAAAGUGGGCCGGGUGCAGCAGAUCUACUCUGACAGCGACCUGAAGGUGGAGGUGUGUGGGACAUCGUGGACCUACAAUCCUGCUGCGGUCACCAAGAUCGCUCCCUCGGGCUCCGCCGUUAGCAAUGCCUCUGGAGAGCGACUCUCCCAGCUGUUGAAGAAACUGUUCGAGACACAGGAGUCAGGCGACAUCAACGAGGAGCUGGUCAAGGCAGCCGCCAAUGGAGAUCUAGCCAAGGUCGAAGACAUUUUGAAGAGACCCGAUGUUGACGUGAACGGACAGUGUGCCGGACACACUGCGAUGCAGGCAGCCAGUCAGAACGGUCACGUGGACGUUCUCAAGCUUCUGCUGAAACACAACGUUGAUCUCGAGGCAGAGGACAAAGAUGGGGAUCGGGCGGUGCACCAUGCAGCCUUCGGUGAUGAGGGCUCAGUCAUUGAGGUGUUGCAGCGGGGCGGGGCCGAUUUAAACGCCAGGAACAAGCGCAGGCAGACACCAUUGCACAUAGCUGUCAACAAGGGACACCUGCAGGUGGUCAAAACGUUGCUGGAAUUUGGUUGCCACCCCAGCCUCCAGGACUCUGAGGGCGACACACCCUUGCACGACGCCAUCAGCAAGAAGCGGGACGACAUGCUUUCUGUGCUGCUGGAGGCGGGCGCCGACGUCACCAUCACCAACAACAACGGCUUCAACGCCUUGCACCAUGCCGCUCUGCGAGGAAACCCCAGUGCGAUGCGCGUGUUGCUAUCCAAACUGCCUCGGCCCUGGAUCGUUGACGAGAAGAAGGACGACGGCUACACGGCACUGCACCUGGCGGCCCUCAACAACCAUGUGGAGGUGGCGGAGCUGUUAGUUCAUCAGGGCAACGCCAGCUUGGACAUUCAGAACGUCAACCAGCAGACAGCCUUACACCUGGCUGUAGAGCGUCAGCACACCCAGAUUGUCAGACUGCUGGUGCGAGCCGAGGCCAAGCUAGAUGUGCAGGACAAGGACGGGGACACGCCGCUCCACGAGGCAUUGCGACACCACACGCUGUCCCAGUUGCGGCAACUCCAGGAUAUGCAGGACGUCAGCAAAGUGGAGCCUUGGGAGCCCUCCAAGAACACGUUAAUCAUGGGCUUAGGCACCCAGGGGGCGGAGAAGAAGAGCGCGGCAUCCAUUGCCUGUUUCCUGGCCGCCAAUGGAGCCGACCUGACCAUUCGUAACAAGAAGGGCCAAUCCCCUCUGGACCUGUGCCCUGAUCCCAGCCUCUGCAAGGCGCUGGCCAAAUGCCAUAAAGAGAAGAGCAGCGGCCAAGUGGGCACGCGCAGCCCGUCUCUGAACAGCAACAUGGAGUCCUUGGAGGAGUGCAUGGUGUGCUCGGACAUGAAGAGAGACACUCUCUUCGGGCCUUGCGGACACAUUGCCACAUGUUCCCUCUGUUCACCACGUGUCAAGAAGUGUCUCAUCUGCAAAGAUCAAGUCCAGUCACGCACCAAGAUUGAGGAGUGCGUGGUAUGCUCCGACAAAAAGGCGGCUGUGUUGUUCCAGCCCUGCGGCCACAUGUGCGCUUGUGAGAACUGUGCCAGCCUCAUGAAGAAGUGCGUACAGUGUCGGGCUGUUGUGGAGCGCCGUACCCCCUUUGUGCUUUGUUGUGGGGGGAAAGGUAUGGAGGAUGAUGAUGAUGCCGCAGAUGAUGAUGAUGUGGAUGAUGAUGAUGAUGAUGAUGACAUUACAGGGAGCUCUAACUCUAUGGCAGGGGGAUCGCAGGAUCUUCUCCAGCCCAACAAUCUGGCACUAAGUUGGUCUAGCGGCAACAUCCCCGCCCUGCAGCGGGACAAGGACAACACCAAUGUCAACGCUGAUGUUCAGAAGCUCCAGCAGCAGCUGCAGGACAUCAAGGAGCAGACUAUGUGCCCCGUGUGUCUGGACCGGCUCAAGAACAUGAUCUUCAUGUGCGGCCACGGUACCUGCCAGCUGUGCGGCGACCGCAUGAGCGAGUGUCCCAUCUGCCGCAAGGCCAUUGAGCGCCGCAUCCUCCUCUAUUAGACGCUAAUGUCAGACCCCCCCCCCACACACACACACAAAUGCACCACCAGCCACCAAAGCGCAUCCCGUCUUAUUCAGUUGCAUAACCUGAACAACAUACUGAAUGGACACCCCUUUAUCCUGCCUCUGGACCCUUUCGCCAACUUGAAGGGCACAUCUCUUGAAUCUCACCCUGGGCAUGACUGUGUAUGACAACACACAAGUCCGUGAGGUUGGAUCCCUCUCUUGUUUUGUUCCCCCCCAAAAGCCAAGUUUGAUCCUUUUUUGUAUGGGGAAGCAUACUAUAUGGAAUUACAUUACAUUACAUCUUUAUUUAUAUAGCGCUUUCACAACAGCUGCAGCUGUAACAAAGCGCUUUACAGAACAGUUCACAUCAAAUAACAAAAUUGAAGUUGUUUGCUUCGUAAUCGCGUGGCAGGUUUCAUGUUUCUAUGAGUAUUUUUUUAAGGAGACAGGAAGAGAGGCCGUGCGGUUCUGAAACAGCAACACGAGCGGGUCGGCAUUCAGUUUUGUGAGGACACAAGUUGAAUACCACCUUGUUGACUAAACAUCCAAACAUUCGUUUUCAAUUUUCUGCAAUGAGCUUUGCUGCCAUUUGCUUCCAAGAAUCUACUCAUCCCUUUCCCUGGAGGUCGUGGGGGAUAAGGUGCUCUUUAAUUUAAGUGCAUUUCUGCUCAAAAAGACAGCGUUAAUUGAAAUACAGUACAAUCUAUUAGAACUCCUAGGUGGGACUGUAAAUAAAUUAUUUUGUAUUUCUGCCCAAAAAGGAAAAAAUAGGAUAUUUAGGUGUCCCCGCCUUUCCUAAUAUGUAGCGUAAAGAAACUGCUUUAAUUUUCUUUUUUUUUUUUUUUUUUUGCAUCGUGCAUAAGAACAUCUUUACUUGUGUUCUAAGUUUCAAGUGUGUGUGUGAGUGGGGGGGGGUAUCUUCUCAUCAAUGUUUUAUGUUAUAGUCAAAAACUAAUAAUUUUUGGGAGGGAAUUUGCCUUACUUCAAUGAGAAGGCCACAAACAAGCACUGUUUAUGUUAAAGACUGAAACUUUUUCUUACUAUGUUACAUUUUUUUCACCGAUGAUGCCAAACUGUGGCUGUGUUGUCUUGGUUUGUUAUUCAAAAUGCCAAUGUUCUGUUUGAUUUGUUGGUCCAUGUCGGAAAUAUGUCGGUCGCAUCUCCUUUUUGGAAUGAAUGUUUGACAUAUGCUGUACGACGUAUAUCGUGAAAAAAACUCUUCGGUCUGUAUCGCAAACAAGUGCUUUUAAAACAAACCACAUAGAUCAAAUAAAAGUUGCCAAUUAACGGCUACUACC